AUGGAAUUGGCAGUGGAGGCAUCUCGCGCUCGAUGCACUGUCGGAGAGAUUAGCGACGCAAUGGAGAAAGUCUUCACUCGUUAUGCUGCCGUGAACAAAAUGGUAUCAGGCGCCUACAAGUCAGAGUUUGGAGAGACGAACGAGAUCGCUCAGGUGAUGGAACGUGUGAAGGCGUUUGCUGCGAAGGAAGGUCGUCAACCUCGUCUUAUGGUAGCCAAGAUGGGACAAGAUGGUCACGACGUGGUGCUAAGGUGGUGGCUACCGGAUUUGCAGAUCUUGGUAGGAUUCGACGUUGACGUUGGGCCGCUGUUCCAAACCCCUGCUGAAGCUGCUCAGCAAGCUGUUGACGCUGAUGUCCAUGUGAUUGGAGCGAGCAGCCUUGCUGCUGGACACCUCACACUUGUGCCUCAGCUGGUUCAAGAACUCGCCAAACUAGGAAGAGAGGACAUUCUUGUGGUUGUUGGUGGUGUGAUCCCACCGCAGGACUAUGAUGCUCUGUAUAAGGCCGGUGCAUCUCUGAUCUUCGGACCUGGAACAAGACUACCUACUUGUGCCAACCAGGUAACUUUUUCUUCUGCUUUGGAAACUAGUUUGUUGAGUCGCCGUGGAAAGUGGCAAAACUGCUGCUGGCUGUUCUUCAGAACUUAA